AUAAACUUUAAGGUAUGGCAAAAAGCUGUUAUGCUAUAAGCCAACAUAAGGUAGGCUAUGAUCGUGAGGUGAGAGGAAAAUGAUAGUUUCCAUACAAGUGAAAAUUUCAGCAUCUGAAGCAUCUAAAUACAUGUCAAGAAACAAAUGUUCUGUGAAGACCAAGCAUAACUUUACCAGGGAUAAAGUUAUGAAGAAGUUUAAAUCAGGCUAAGGGUAUAAAACAACAUAAAAAGCUUUAAACAUCUCACAGAGCACUGUCAAAUCUAAUCCAUAUGGAAAGAGUUUGGUACAAAUGCAACACUACGAUGCAACAGCCAAAUAACUAAAAUGACUGGACUGACCUUAGAAGAUUUUAGUCAAAGUUCAGGCCUAAAUCAAACUGAGAAUAUGUGAAAAAAUUUAAAACUAGUGUUCAUAAACUAUCUCCAUCCAAUGUGACUGAAAUGGGCAAAAAUAUCAGUGCCUAGUUGUACCUCACAAGACUUGGCAGCCAUAAUUGAAUAGUACAUCAAUGUCGUCUAUAAGAAAGAAAGAAAGAAAGAAAGAAAGAAAGAAAGAAAGAAAGAAACAUAAGCACAUCCUUCCUCUCAUGAUUAUCCUAUUUCUUGUGAAGAUCUAUCCCAUAUAAUUCCAAGCUGUGUACCUUUUACUUCGUAAGAUAUAUAUUCUAGUACGCCUCACUUAGAGUGGCUUAUUUGCAUCCUCAAGCAAACUAUUUGAAAGACGUUGCAGGAGACAGAUAAGCAAAUAUAUAAAACCUUUGUCUGUCUAAACACCAUUCCAAUAAAAGAUUGUCAUGCAAAUAAUGCAAACUUUCUCUGAUCCAGCUGUAAAAAGGGAACCAGAGGAAUGACACUUGAAGUCAGCAAGAGCCCCGGGUGACCAAUUAGCACCAAAGCUGCAACAGAGACCGAGGGAACGAAGGAAUCUGUGUGGACCUUAUUAGCACCAAGUUCUGAUCUUCUUUUUUUCCCUCGACACGGAUUCUGUAAUAUCGAAAGAACCGGUGGGCGAAGAAAUUUAAGCCUGGUCAUGCAUGAUUCACCUUUAAGCAGACCAACUGCUGUGACAAGUGAUGCUUGCAAAUGCAUCACCCAUUAGUUGUGAAUGGAGUCAAAUAAGAGAAGCCACACCUAAUAGUGGAGCCAACUCUGCUCCAAGACACCUGAGUGUUCGGCACUGCAUGCAGAAAUCUGUCGGAUAUUUUCGAGCAGUCAUACAGCUCCACUCUACCCCCUGCUGGUGCACGGCUCAUCUGCACAUUUCUAAUAUUGAUGGCAGCUGAUUAGUCAGCGCUCUGCAAAAUAGAAGCUGCGUGUUUUUUUUAAACAAUAUAACCAAAGGUUUACCAUAUGGGACAAAAAUGCAUUUGCUGAGGUACUAUGAUGACCUGCAUCCGUCUGUUAAGUGUUAAAGGCUGGCGCGUGUCUUACCACGUUUUAAGUUGUGCACGAGCCUUCCUCCGUCCUCUGAAUCUGAUUCGGCACGUGUUUGUUCACACCUCACACCCAAAUGGCUGCUCAGAUAAAGAGAAAUCAGAAGUUGCGUUCCACAACAUACCAAAUGUCGAAUCUAAACUCAAACAUAUCAAAUACAAACUUGUUUAAAAUAAUAAUAAUAAUAAUAAUAGCCCCAAAGCAAUGCUUUUCUUAGCUCAAAUCAUUUCGCGAAUUAUUCAUAAAUUAUGAUUAUUUGAUAAAGCUUUAUGCGCAAAUAGAAAUAUUAGAGGCGAUUUUUCAUCGUUUUGGGCAUCAGUUGUGUAUUCUCUACAAACUCUGGAGAUUUCCCCCCCCCCCUCAAAAUGAUAUUUGAAAUGAAGCAAACUGACCAUGUGACCGUUUGUUUGCCAAGUGUGACUUCUCACCUUUACGCAGUGGUUGAUGGAGACACUUGGGGACGCGUCAAAGUUCAAUUUGGCACGGGGCUCCCUGCAGGUCCUGAUAAAUACCAGUUUCCUGCCUCGAGACUCACUUCCGCGGGGGAUUUUCCUCGGACCAGAUCAACGCAAGGAGAACAUGGAGAAUAGCGGCGCCAGCAGUGGAUUGGCGUCAGUUCGCGGUGGAGACAAUCCAACACAGCAGAGCAACUUGUGGAGACCGUGGAACAAAACUGAGGGCCAACCUGCCCAAUUUACGACUCGCUUUGUGCAUGGAGAGAUUUCCAGCGCACAGCCCAAGAUUCAACAAGUCAUCCAUCCAGUCAAAUUGUUCUGGCCAAAGUCGAAAUGUUUUGACUAUCUGUACCGGGAUGCCGAAACGCUCCUGAGGAACUAUCCAAUCCAAGCGACCAUCUGCCCAUAUGAAAACUCCAGCAGCGAUGAAGAAGGCGAGGAUGAAGAUGAAGAUGAGAUGGUGGGAAAGGAGCAUAAUUAAACGCAAACAGUACAUGAUAUUAUGAUAUUUAUGUUUCAUUUAAGUUAUUCUUGUACAUACAUGCAAAGAGACUUUCAUGUCUAUACCUAACAAACAUGUAUAUAACUAAAUUAUUCAAACAUUCUAACUUUUGGGUAAUUUGUAACAUUGCAAUAAAGCCUUUCAAAAGAAUAUUGCUCUCUUCAUAUGUUUAUUAAUCUGAAUUAAACAAUCACAGAAUGUCAAGGCUAAGUUUUAGUUUCAAUAAAUUUCUCACAUGUAUAUGGGCAAAUGAACCAAUAGUGGCAUAAUAACAUAAAUCCAGCUUAACAUAAGACCCUUACUUGGAAAUGUGUUUUUGCAUGUAGUUUAGUUCUUCCUACAGAUAAGUGCAAAGUCCUAAACGCCCCAUUCACAUCCUGCACAGUGUCACCCGAGGUGUUAAAGCCAGUCAGAUGGGAGAUGCAAACCCAGUCAGGAAAGAACAGUAAUGAAUCAGAGAGAUGUUAAAGGAAAACUCUCAGAGAACUGUCUCUCAACUGGUGCUGAUCAGU